UAGACAAAUCGGGGCAAGUUCAUGCAUGUUCAUCAUAAAAAUUUAUUGCUCAAAAGUGCAACAAAACACUUAUUCGUUGGAUCUGGCACGAAAAGCAUUGUUAUAUACACGUAUUACAUUUUAUUGCAGCCCUCAACGUUACCGUUAUUUUAUUUGAGUUGUGACUUAGAACACUAACUUCGAAAACAUAAUGCGCAUUGAAAUUAAGCCGUCAUUAAAAUUUAUUAAACUCUAUCUGACCUUCCAUUUUUAUAAAUUUGAAUGAUUUUUCUAAUUCAAUUUCAAGUAAAUAAUUGUGGCUUUGUUUACAAGAUGGACAAAUAAGCAAUCCAAAUAUGUUGAAAACACCAAACCUCCUUCAUUAUCGAAGUCACUUUCUUCAAUUGAGUAUGCUGAAAAGAAAAAAUAUUCUGAUAAAGACCAGAAACAAAAACAACAGUUUAAGCAGAAUGACAGGUUUUGGAAUUGUGAACAAAUGAAGUUUCUCUUAUUUAAAGCUUCAUUUUUAGAAAAAGUUGGAUGGCUAGGUACAGUUACAGUUCUUUGUUUCAACUUUCAUUUUAAACAUCUGAAUUAUAUUCACAAUUAUGCUGGAGGUGAAUCUUACUGCUUAUUCUCAAAAAAUGUUCUUGCUAUGCCUAAUGAUUUCAAGAAGGAAAAACGUCCUAUCCAAUCAACUAAUCAAGACUCACAAAAAUGUCUAUCAGAUAGUACUAAUGAUAAAACUUUAAAAGCUGAGGUUCCACCGGACUUAAAUUGUUUUGAUUAUAUGAAACAACACAGUAUUCCAUAUGCAGCUGCUGUGCAUAAUAUUUCAGGUUUAAGUGAAAUCACUGCAAAUUCUAAAAAAGCUUUUAAGUCUUUUCAAAGAGCAGCAUAUCUUGGUUCCACUCAAGCUUUCUACAAUUUGGGGCUUUGCUAUGAAUUAGGGAAUGGUACGAAAGUUAAUUUAACUAGGGCUGCAUUUUGUUAUAAAAGAGCUGCUGUAAAUGGUCAUGGCUUAGCAUCAUAUAACCUUGCAGUAUACUAUCUUAAAGGUAUUGGUGGUUUACCUGUUGAUCCUGAAGCAGCAAAUAUUUUGAUGUCUCAAGCUGCUGAGAAAAAUAUUUCUGAGGCUCAAAUGUAUCUUGGCUUAGACUACUUAGAAAAUUCUAAUUAUUCAGAAGCUUUUCAAAUGUUUACAGUAUUGGCAAAGAAAAGUGUACUAGAUGGGAAAUAUUAUCUUGGAAUGUGCUAUGAAAAUGGAUGGGGAACAAACAAAGAUGAAAAGGUUGCUUUUGAAAUGUAUUCGGAUGCUGCUUCCUCUGGGCAUGAAAGAUCGCUUCUGAAGCUCAGUAAAUUUUAUGAAGAAGGCAUUGGAGGUUGUGAACAAGAUUUAGACUUAUCAACAGCAUUAUGUCAGAUGCUUUCUGAUCAAAGUUCUGAAGAAUGGAAAGUGACUUUAUUAAGACUAAAAUUGAAAAAAGAAAUUACAUCGAGUAAGAAAAGCUUUAUGAACAAUAUAUUGGGUAAGCCAGACAGUAAUAUUCACAAAUCAGUAUCAGUUCCAGAGUUGUCUUCAUGUCCAAAUCAAGCACUGAAAACUAGCCCAGAUGCAUUAUCAUCUCAUUACCUGGGCCUCAUUACUCCCAUUAAAUCUUCUAUGAAUGAUUCCACUAGAGGAGAGAUGUUUCAUAUUGGAGAAGAAAAAGCUCAAUUUAGUGUAACUGGAGCAUUCGUACCACAUUUUCAAAUUAGUUUACCUCAAUUAAUGAUUGCAAAUUCGUAGAAUAUUUUAAAAAACUCACUGGAUCUAGAGAUCUCACUGGAUCACAAGAAUACCCUCUAUAUUCAAUUACAACAUAUGAUGUGUUAUAAACUUGGGAAAGUUUUACAAAUCUAUUGUUUCAACGUUAGGUGCCUUUAAAGUUAUGUAUUAUAUUUAUCUGGUGUUUUCUUUCAAAUAAUAGACCAUCAAUUAUGCUUAUUUGAUUAAUUUCUUGAAAAAAAUUACAUUUAUCAUAUUAAUAAUAUGUUAAUAUAUAUAUUGUUAAUUAUUUAUUUUUCUUUUAAAAGUUGCUUAUUCAUAUUCUUCAAAAAUGACACAUCCAUUAAGAACAUAAUGAUUGGAUAUAAUUUGUCAGCUUCAUAAUUCUAAUCCCAUAAAAUUUAAAUGUGUCUUUGAAAAAAAAUGCUGGUUAAAGACAUAAAGCAAUGGUAUUGAAUGUGCUAAAAUUUUUUAAUUAGAUUCUUAUUUUAUCAAAUUAAUUAGAUUAAAGAAAGGAUAUUAAAAGCUCUUAAUGAUGUUGAAUAAGCCAGAAUUUUUUAAAUGGAUUCAUACUUUGUAGAAUUGCAAUUAAGCCUCUCACUGCGAAAAUUUAUUAAGUUUAAAAGCAUUUCUUAAUGAAUUGAACUCAUAACAUGUCUUAUUAAAAAAAAAAAAAACACUAACUAUUAUUGAAUAAAUGUAGUUCUCUGUUUAUGUAAAAAUUAUUUUCAGAAUUAUGUUACUUUGUUGUUCAGAAUUAUUUCACAAAUUUUUGAGAUUAAUACAGAUAAUAUCGGUAACAACUAUUUUUGAUAUCCUAUAACAGUAUUAAUGUUAUAGGACAUGUUCUGAUGUCUUGUAACAGUAUAUAAUUUAUAGUUACCAUUGAUGUUUUGCCCAUGUUUUCUAUUUUUUCCUUUUUUUAUUACUAUUUUGGUUGAUGCUGAUUCAUUGAAAAUGACAAUCUUUAAAUUGUGAUAUGAAAGAACCUAUUAAACAUAUUUGCUAAUUGUUACUUAGUGCCUCUCUUUAGCUAGUCAUAAUUUGGUUUAUUUUUAGCAUAAAAUUUAUAUUAAAUGAUUAAACUUAUAUUACAAAAAAACAACAAAUCCAUAUUAUAUGUUUCUAGAAGACAUUGCUUGCCUGUUUGUCUUUUUUUUUUUCAUUAUAAAAACCUUUGCUUUAGAAAAUUAUUGAAGUAGCGACCUUUAUGUAUUAUACUACAAAAGUUGUAUAUUUUACUAACGGGUAUAUAAUUAUACAAUGUGGUAUUGGCAUUCUUAUUAAGCAAGUUAAAGAAAUAUUUGAACAAUGAAAACGAGUAUGAAUGCUGGUACAGUAAAAAUAAAUUACAAUUUCAGAGUUUUAAAUUUGCUUUCAUCCGUCAAUUUAGUUAGACAUAAAUAGAUUUUCCUGAUGAAUACUGUUUUUAUAACUAAUAGAAAACUCCAGUUGCUAAGCUAGAAAAUAAUCUGAUUUUAUUUCGAACUUUAUUGGAAGUUGACAGUUAAAAGGUUAAUCAUAAUGAAUAGUAUUUAAUUUUGUCUUCUACAACAUUGUUUUAAUAUUGGCAUUUUGAUUAGUCAAAUAUGUUUAAAAUUAAUGAACAUGUAUGAAUGGUAAAAAAGGCUAGGUGUUUGGGUGUUGUGUGCAUAUGAAUGAUCAAAAAUAAAAUAAAAAUAUUUGGUUUGAAACCAUAAAAUAAAAAAUAGCUAUUUCUAAUAAAUUCUUUUUUUCCUGUUGCUCAUUGUAUAUGUUAUGCAAUUUACUCAUUUUUUUCCCCUUUACUUAGUUAUAAUUUCUUUGUUCUGGCUAUUUAUCUACUCUGAAUAAUAGUAAUGUGAUUUAUGUGUUUCUUUUUUGUCUGACAGACUAAUUGUUUUUAUUGCUACAUCGCAUAACAAACAAAAUAUAUUUGUUACAUUUUCUUUAUCAUGAUACCUAUAAAGAACAGCUUUACUGAAAUCAUGUCAAUUUUAUUGAAAUAUUUCAAGCCUAUGAUGUGAUGACAUUUGUAAAUAUUCAUUUUUAAAACUGUGUUAUGCUCAGUGAUUGUGAUAAUUCCUAAACUUUAAAGGAUGUUGAUUCUUUCUUGUGACCUAGGCAAUAAAGAUUUUUUUUAUAGA